AAAAUUUUAAAAUUGAUACUUUCUUAUAGCAAUUAUGGAAAGAUAGUUGCUUUGAUGACCCUCUGGAAUACUAUGUUUAGUGUAUACCUUUUUGUUUUUUUAUUUUUAAGUCAAGCAUGGAAGGGGAAAACUGAACCAAACAUUUUCAGUGGAAAGACUGAAUCUUUGAAAAGCCCAUAUAAAGAGUACUAUCCCGUGAAAUCCCUAUAAGCAUUUAAAUGGUAGAAUGAUCACUAGUGGAUAUUUAAUACUUUGCCACCAAAAAAUUGUCUGGAACUUUUUCCCUUUACACAUUAUGGGAAGGCUUCACUUAAAAAUAGAGGAAGAUGUUCCAAGGACUGAUUUGCUUUGGCUUUCUUGACUUGGAUUUAUUUUCCCUAACCCUAAACCAUUACAGGAUAGGCCCUGGAUAAAGUAGACCCUAGGACCCGACUGGCCCUGAUUUCAGUUUCCUGAUCAUUCAAGGACAUAAAAAGUCCCAGCCACAUGGAAAUUGUAUCCUCCAAACAUGGCAGAUUUCUGAAGCCUAGAAAAAUAACUUUACUUUGCUUUGCUUAUUUGAGGCUUUCUACAAUGAGGGAGAGAAGGGGAUUGUAUUUAUAGAAGUUAAGUACCUUCUUAUUCUUGUUGCUUACCUCGAUGUUAACUAAAAUAAAUCUCCUAGUAUUAAACGUUCAAUGAUUUGAGUGACUCAUUUCACCCUAACAUCAAGCCUGAACUGAGAAUGUUGCUAUUGAAGCUGCACUUCUGCCAACUGUAUUUUUUAAUUGUAAAUUCCAACUCUUUAUCUGCAUUCAAGGUCCACUAUAAUCUUAUCGCACCCUACUUUUUGAGCUUUAUCUCUCAUUCUAUAGCCUUCAAUCCAGCAACAAUGUCCUUUCUCCCAGGCUUCACUCCUCACCCCCGCCCCGCACUUUUCCCACCUUUCCAAUGCACUUACAAGAUAUUUCAUUUCCCUAGCAUAUAUUUUAUUGUUUGUGUAUAUUUUUAUAAGCAUAAAAAAUCUACUGUGGAGAUUUUGUUGCAGAAUGUAAGCUUCUUGAGGUAAAAGACUGUCUCACUUUAUUUGUACUUGCCUAGCACAGUAAUUUCCACACAAUAGGCUCCAUGAAGUACAAGUUGAAAUUUUGUUAACUGUUCUAUAUAUAUGGCUCAAUUUUUUUCUGCAUAUAUGACUUUCUAUCCCUAAUCUUCAUAUCUUUGCACAAAGGUUCCUCUUCCUCAGAUAAGAUUCCCUCCUCAUUUCCACCCGGUAGUAGCAAUUCCUGUUUUUUUCAAAGCCCUGCUAAGGUGUGACUUCUUACCAGAUCUUUCUUGAGUUUUUCAGUUGUUAGUAUUUUUUUUUAUCACCCUCCAGAAAUUACUUUGCAUUUUCUUACACGUCGUAGCCAGUCACUAGAGUGUACAUUGCUUGAAGGCAGAAACGUUUUGAGUCCCCAGGGCUUAGCAUUGUAGGGGCACAAAAUAAAUGCUUCUUAAAUUAAAUUAUUACUCAACAUCAGUGUUAGUAUUCUUGGCUGCCCAACUAAGUGCUCCAAAUUAAUUUUUAUUUUUGAAAGAAUCACGAAGAAAUCUUUCUCUAGGGCGUCUCCUAGGCUUAAAAAAAAAAAAAAAAAAAAAAAAAAAAAGCAGUCACGAAACCUCCCCCUUUGGAAAACUGGUACAGGUAUGUUUGUUGACUGUGUUAAAAUCAUUAUCACGUGGUCUUAAAACUAACCCAGCCCUACUCCUACUUAAUGUAUCAUAGAUAUCCCGAGCUCCCUUUUUCCCUUUUCCCCUUAGAGUAGUGGUGGAAGGCCUGGGUCGCGAUGGGGCAACAACCCAAAGAGUAACGCCACUAGGAAUGAAAAGAAGGGGCUUCAUGCCCAAGCUUUCCCCACUUGUUUUUAUACCCAAGUUUUGUCCAACUGGAGCAGGGUUAAAAUUCCCCAAGUCAUUGGCUCCGUCGCAGAAAGGUGAGGAGACUAAAGACACUUGUAGUCCAGGUCAAGUCCGCAAGCGGGACUAGUUUAAAGAUUAACUUUCUCCAAGUCCCAGCAAGAGGAGCGGGUUCUCUGCCUCCACCCUUCCUACCUCCCCCCCCCCCCCACUCGAGAAGAGCAGGCUUGGGAAGUAGAGGGAAGCCCAGCAGCAGCAGCAGCCUCAGCCCCAACCUUGGCGCCUGGAGCUCCGCGGGACCGCUCUUUCAACAGGCGGUUUGUUCUCCCUUUCGGUGGCUCAUUUCCAUGCGAAGAGCCUGACAUCAGAGCACCUUUUGUUGCUUAAAAAGCUUUCUUAAGCUUGGGGGGUGGAGGGGAAAGACAGACUGAGUGAGCAGUCAUGUGAAACUGGAAGAGCUCAUUUGGGACAGAGGGAGCCAGGGGUUUGCUUACAAACUUGAACCAGAGCGGGCCGACUCUAGGGGGGCCGGGACUGGCAGGACGAGUGUAAGAGAGGAGGCGCUGGCUGAAGAGGGUUCCGUCUGGUCCCACGCCUCGGGAGAAACGCCUCCUCUAUCCGUCGGAUUCUGUUGGUGCUGGUGAGAAUCCCCAUUGGGACGCCCAGUGGUGUGAGCGAGCUGAGCCUUCAGCUCCCCUGGGGCUGACUGGAGCUCCCGUAAGAAAGUUUGGGUAGGCAUGUCUGCACUUCAGCCCUGGCUGGUACGGGACAGAGCUGUGCACCUGGAUCUACCGGAGUGAAUGGAGAGCUGAAGCUCCUAAGCAAAGCUUUGGCUUUGAAUCUUUAUCUGAACGCUGCCUCCGCCCCCUCUUCCCCCUUGGGCAUGCACUGGGGAAGCAGUCACACUAGUGACUAGGAGGAAGGCAUGGUGAAGCUGCUUGGUCGGGCUGGAGAAGUGCUUAUUUAUUGGAGUUGUGUGGUGGAGGGCAGGCACAUCGCCACCCACCAGUGGCUCUGGUGAAGCUCGGGUGAGGUAGAGGGCACAGCCAUGGAGGAGGAUCAAGCCGCAUGUCCCGAGCCAGAGCCAGAGGCAGAGACAGAAGCAGAGCCAGAGAGCAUCAUGUCUGACGCUUUUUCCAGGCUCUGGACAGAUGUCAUGGGGAUACUGGAUGGUUCAUUGGGAAACAUUGAUGAUCUAGCACAACAAUAUGCGGAUUAUUACAAUACCUGUUUUACUGAUGUAUGUGAAAGAAUGGAAGAGCUGCGGAAACGAAGGGUUUCUCAAGACCUUGAUUUGGAGAAACCUGAUGCCAGCCCCACGUCACUACAGCUGCGAUCCCAGAUUGAAGAAUCGCUUGGAUUCAGUAGCACGCUAUCAACCCCAGAGACGGAGAGAAAGCUUCCACUUCACAAAUCAAAUUCAGAAGAAGGCUCCAUAGGGAAAGGGGAUUGGAAAAAGAAAAACAAGUAUUUUUGGCAGAACUUCCGCAAGAAUCAGAAAGGAAUAAUGAGGCAGACUUCCAAAGGUGAAGAUGUUGGUUAUGUGGCAAGUGAAAUAACAAUGAGUGAUGAAGAGCGCAUCCAGCUGAUGAUGAUGGUCAAAGAAAAGAUGAUCACUAUUGAAGAAGCCCUUGCAAGGCUCAAGGAAUAUGAAGCCCAGCACAGGCAGUCUGGUACCUUGGAUCCUGCAGAUUGGCCAGAUGGAUCUUACCCAUCCUUUGAUGGUUCCUCUAACUGUAAUUCAAGAGAACAAUCGGAUGAUGAAACAGAGGAGUCGGUGAAGUUUAAGAGGUUACACAAGCUGGUAAACUCUACUCGAAGAGUCAGAAAGAAACUCAUUAGGGUGGAAGAAAUGAAAAAACCCAGCACUGAAGCUCCAGGUGUAGAGGAUCAUCCAAUUGCCAGCUCCCCAAUCCUGGAUGAAAGAUCAGCUCUCUACUCCGGAGUUCACAAGAAGCCAUUCUACUUUGAUGGCUCCAUUGAGAAACCAGCAGAGGAUGAUUCGGAUUCCUUCACCACUUCUCCUUCAUCCAGCAGCCUGGACACUUGGGGCGCUGGUCGGAAACUGGUUAAAACCUUUAGUAAAGGAGAUGGCCGUGGCCUGAUAAAGCCCCCUAAAAAGAUGGGGACAUUUUUCUCCUAUCCGGAGGAAGAGAAGACCCAGAAGGUCUGCCGCUCUCUCACUGAAGGGGAGAUGAAGAAAAGUCUCGGCUCCUUAAGCCAUGGGGUAAGUACCGAAAGCGUUUGCUUUUAUGACAACAGUCGACAUAAGCAUCACCUUCUGGUGUCCCUAGAGGAGGUCCAAAGUGUCAGGAAGCAAAUCCGGUUGAAGAAAAUGGAUACUAAUUAUUCCUGUUCCCGAGCUUUUCUCUACCAGCGCCCCUCUAGAAAGGGCCUAAGUGCUACCACUUGCGACCUACAACUGCUCCGGCAGAAACCCAAAGGGGGAGGCGGCUGCGGCUUCCCCAGUAGAAGGCUGCGAGGGCGCACCUCAGUCAGCGAGUUCAAUAUCACCUAUGUGGUGGAGCGGAGCCUGUAUAGCCACCUCAACCUGACCCACCUGGUGCGGCCUGUCACGGACAGGACCCUCAGUAAGGCCGACAAGCAGGACCUGAGGCGGUGCUUGCUGGAGGAGGAGGAAGAGGCGCACAGGAAGUGGGCCGCCACGGUGGACCGCUGUACUAAACGGGUUCUUUUGAGAAUCCACCAGAAGUCUAGGACCUGCAGUUUCGGAGGAUUUGACUUGACAAAUCGUUCUCUGCACAUUGGGAAUAAUAAUUCAGAUCCAAUGGGUAAAGAGGGGGACUUUGUGUAUAAAGAAGUAAUCAAGUCACCUACUGCCUCCCGCAUUUCUCUUGGAAAAAAGGUGAAAUCAGUGAAAGAGACAAUGAGGAAAAGAAUGUCUAAGAAAUACAGCAGUUCUGUUUCUGAACAGGACUCCAGCCCUGAUGGAAUACCGGGGUCUCCCCAGUCACCUCAGCCUGAUAAAGAGUCUCUGGAUAAACCUAAACUGAAAGCUGGCGGGUCUGUGGAGAGUCUGAGAAGUUCUCUCAGUGGUCAGAGCUCAAUGAGUGGUCAGACGGUGAGCACAACUGAUUCCUCAACCAGUAACAGGGAGAGUGUCAAAUCUGAAGAUGGUGAUGAUGAAGAGCCUCCCUAUCGAGGGCCUUUCUGUGGGCGAGCAAGGGUCCACACCGACUUCACACCUAGUCCUUAUGAUACAGAUUCCCUCAAGCUCAAGAAAGGUGAUAUUAUUGAUAUAAUCAGCAAACCUCCGAUGGGCACCUGGAUGGGACUGCUGAACAACAAAGUUGGUACUUUCAAAUUCAUCUAUGUGGAUGUGUUAAAUGAAGAGGAAGAAAAACCCAAGCGCCCCACUAGGAGGAGGAGAAAAGGAAGACCACCACAGCCCAAAUCUGUAGAGGAUCUCCUCGAUAGGAUCAACCUAAAAGAGCACAUGCCUACCUUUCUGUUUAAUGGGUAUGAAGACCUGGACACCUUCAAGCUUCUGGAAGAAGAAGACUUGGAUGAACUAAACAUCAGGGAUCCAGAGCACAGAGCUGUGCUCUUGACAGCAGUGGAAUUGUUACAAGAAUAUGACAGCAAUAGUGACCAGUCAGGAUCUCAGGAGAAACUUCUCAUUGAUAGCCAAGGCCUGACAGGAUGCUCACCAAGAGACUCUGGCUGUUAUGAAGGCAGUGAAAACCUGGAAAAUGGGAAGACUCGGAAGACUGUACCGAUUAAGUCAGUCACAGAUACCCACUUUAAGGAUUUCAACAGAAAUCAACUGGCCAACUACCCAACUCUGCCAUUAACUAAAUCAGUAGAAGCUUUGAAGGAGGGAGAGAAGGAAUCUCAGCUUAUCAGCAGCCAUACUCCUCACAUUUCUGACAUCUGUGUUGAAACAAGUGUGAACAACUCCAAGGCUAAUCGAAGAAGCCUACCAGUUUCCAUCUGUAGAAGCUGUGAGACCCUGGAAGGCACUGAAGCCACAGACAACUGGCCUAGGUCCCAUUCCUUGGAUGACCUUCAAGGAGAGCCUAAUGCUAAACAAGAUGUGCCUAAAAAGGAAAAGGAAUCAUCCCCUCAGAAUGUACCUGAAGUGCCCCAAAAGACAACUGUUUGCAAGUUGAAGGCAAAAACUCCCUCAGAUGUCUCUUCUGUUCAAGACCCAGUGCUACUGAUCCAAAGCCUGCGAUUUUCUGAUCCUCAGAAAAUUAAAACUAAGACAUCAGACUGCCUGUCCACAAAUUCUUCACAUGGGACAAUUCCUUAUUUGCCUAAAAACUAUGAAGCUCAGUCUGCCUCAGUUAAACAGACUUUAACUAGGACUCCCCUAGAAAGUCACAAAAAAGGGCAUGAUCUUGAAGGAAGAAAUAAUCCUCCAGUCACCAAAGAAGGGAUUGAAGUGGAUCAGAGGGUUGCUGAGGCAAGAACACAGCCAAAAAUUCCUUCACAGCCUCCACCUGUUCCUGCCAAAAAGAGCAGAGAACGCCUCACUAAUGGACUACAUCAUGCUCCUGUUGCCCAUAGUGGUGCUUUCUCUAAUCCAGAUGUACCAUGCUUACCAGUUAAAAAGAAUAGCCCUGUGAGCCCUAGUGACUGUCAUACAAUAACAGUUUGUAGGUCUUCCCCAGAACAAGAACCUGCCAGUCCCCCAACCACACGGCCACCAUGGCUGUCUGAACUUCCAGAAUCCACUAGUAUUCAACAGCAUGGAGUCAAGUUGGGCCCUCCUUUGACAAGGAAGAUCUCCUGUGCCAGAGGAGUAGAUCUGGAUAUGCUGGUAGAGAAUAAAUUGCAAGCUGAAAAUAUUGAUCUUACUGAGGAACCAUAUUCUGAUAAGCAUGGCCGUUGUGGGAUUCCUGAAGCUCUAGUGCAGAGAUAUGCUGAAGAUUUAGGUCAGCAGGAGAAGGAGAUUGCUAUGAAGAUGGACCAAAUCCGGGUGAAGCAGCUCAGGAAGCAGCACCGGAUGGCGAUCCCCAGUGGAGGACUCACAGAAAUUUGCAGAAAACCCCUUUCCCCGGGCUGUGUGACCUCGAUCUCUGACUGGCUGAUUUCCAUUGGUCUGCCCAUGUAUACCAGCAUCCUCAUGGAAGCGGGAUUCAACACUCUGAGCCAAGUGCCUUCUCUGUCACAGACUUGUCUUCAGGAUGUGGGCAUUACAGAGGAGAGACACAUAAUUAAGCUCAUCACGGCAGCCAGACUCUUCAAACCACCCCUGAAUCCGGAAGCCAUGUAAUGAAAGGAGGCAUCCCUUUAACAGCCAUUACCCUUUCUUUCACUGUGCUUAAUAAAACCCAUGCAAUUUCUACAAACAUCUUCCAGAAGAGCAGGGUGAGCCUUGGGGUCUGGCUCAACGAGUGCAAGCUUGACCAGGAACUGGAAACUGUCUUCUCAGUGUAGACAAGUAACCAAGGCUGUCCUUUAUCCUCCAAAGGAAAGUCAAAGAAGGAUUUUUGUUUUGGAAGUUCAUGGGAGCCACCACACAGAUCUGUGACAGAUGGCUUUUGCAAAUCUGUUUUUUUUUUUUUUUUUUUUUUCGGGUCGGGUAAGAGUGGGUGAGUUGUUUGAGGGAGCUAAGCUGGUUUCCCAAAUGUACUUGGAACAUCAUUCUCCUUCCUGUUGCUCUGCAUAGUACUGAGCGGCCAAACAGGUUUUAGCUAGGCCAAAGUAACAGACUCUGGAGUUAGUUUACAGUACUGCCUGUUUUCAGUUUCUCAUGAGUAAAUGAGAUUGGCACCAGGAACAAGAAAAAUCUUGUUUAAUUUGGGUUUGGGUUUUUUCCCUUUGAUAAAGUCAUUUUAUAAUAAUUGCUUUCUAGCAAUCAGCUUUUUAUUUGCCUUAAUGUAAGCUCUUAAGCAGUAUCAUAACUAGUGUCCAGUCACCUGUAACCAUAUUUCCAGAUCUUCAGCUUAGACUGCCAUCUAAUGUCCUGGGAUGUUUCUGGACAAAAACAAACAAAAAAACCUGGCUUUUUAAAAUGUCUCACUUUAGAUGGCCAGUGUUGAGGGUUGUUUUUCAGGCACAGAGUUCAUGUUGGGUUUCAGUUCUUAGACUAAAAUAUCAGUAAAUAUGUCUACAAUUUACAGAGAUAUCUUUUCUUGUGUGUGUAUUGUGUGUGUGUGCGUGCAGUAACUGCCUUUCAUUUUAAUCAUUUUUAAUAUUGUUACCCUGUCAAUCAUACUCCAGCAUCGACUUGGUAUUAGACCCCAGCCAUUCCAGAUUUUAUUUUAUUUGCUCAUAGGUUAUCUCUGUAAAAGCCAUUAAGAGACUGAAUUGUUCAGAAAGAGGUUUCAAAGAAAGAAACAAGUUGGUAGGUUGUUUUGUGGAGAGUUAAAGUGUUUGUGUUGCAUUUUUUUAAAAGUUGCUGUCUUUUUCUUUUCCGAAUGCUUCUCGUAUUUCAAAGAAAGUUUCAUUUAUGAAGGGUUGGACAAAUGAUUUUUAGCCAUAUCUGUUAAGGAUUUACAUGUAUUCACAAAGCAAUGUUAAACAUUUUAACAAGUUCCAUCUUUUUUGCAGCUUAAUCUCUUGUUUUCUAGCAGAUGCUGAAUUCAAAGGACUGACCCCGUAGGUAGGGUUAUGCUAUAUCCCCUCCAAUAACAUCUUUUUUUUUUUUUAAAACAACUUAUUACAGACACUCAUUUGUACAAUAGAUGUCACAGUCACAAUUUUGAUAGCUUUGGACAGACACCGGGCUUUGCUUUGUUGAUAGUUACAAAUACUUUCCUUUAGCCAUGAAAUUCCCCAUGAAAAAUUAUUUCAUUGUGUCCAAACUAUCUUCAUAUUCUUUCUAUCACUACCAGCAGGUUUUUGAGGUAAAGGAGAGAAUAUUUAUAGUGACAUUUUUUAAAUGGGAAAAUUAGGUAUGACUGAAUGCUUCAGUCAGUGGCAAGACUUUCCUUUUUUAAAAAAACAACAACAAAGGAUCUAAUAGGUAACAAUAUUAGACUUUAUUUCCUGUGGCCGUUUUGUUUUUAAUGAUUUGUUUCUCAGUAAUAUUCAGCUUUUCCAAGAUCUGAUGUAAAGGACUUGUUGGGACACAGUCUAAGAAUAGUUAAAGCUGUCACCUUUAUAUUUAACCCUAAUUAGCAUGUCAUUUUAUCCUGAUUAAGCACUUGCAUUCAUGUGUCUCCCUUCAUAUUUAUGGAAACAUGGCUUAUUUAGGGUGCCCAGAGGUUGAGGAUUGCUGGUGUGACCAAAUUAUUUGAAAAUAUUUCAGGAGAUAAAUCAUAAGAUUUGUAGUGCAAAGUGGGCUCUCUCCCUCCCUAAGUAAAGGUACUCUUUGGAAGCUCUCUGUAAGCUACUGAGAAUACCACAGUUGGUUGAAGCACUGUAAGCUCUAGAGGAGAGAUGAUUAAUUACAUUUGACAAAUCCUAGGGAAGGAAAUUUUUUUUCUGAAUUACUGAAUUUUCCCUCCAAUAGAUAUUUUAUUUACUAGAAUCAGGAGAAAUAGAAACUCUUGAGCAUUUCAGAGAGUUAGGCCAGAUUCUGUGUCACCUUUCCUUUGAAAUGAUUACAUUGGGAAAGCAGGAGAGGUUUGAACCAAAUCUAAGAACCAUCUAUAAUUUUAAGAAGUUUGUGGGGAGGGGUGGUUUCCAAUUUAAGUAAUCUGGGAAAUGUGUGUUUUUAAUACUGGCUUUUAUGUGGUUUUACAAUAUGUUUUAUGUUUGAUCUCCUUUUGCUUUAUACUUUUUAACUUGAUCCUCAAAAAGCCUUAAGUUUCUGUGUGUGGUUGUCAGCUGAGGUUUGAAUGGUCAGGUCUAUACACAUCAUCUGACAGGUGGGAGGUUUCAGCCAUAUCGAAUUUUUAAUUAAUUCUUUGUUGGGUGCAAUUCUGAGCAAAAGUUAAGUUUGUUGACUGUUGAAAGCACAAAAGAAACCUACUGAGCAAGUUCUGACUCUGGCAGAUACUUGUUAUAUGUCCACUGUGCGUAAUUUUUACUUCAAAAGUUGUCUGGCAAGAGCCAGCCCCAAAUACUGUUUACAUUCCCAGAUGAUUUAGCUAACACAUAACACUUUCUUCAAUGCCCUGUUCUCCUUCUCGAAUCUAAGUUUGGGUGAAAUCAUGAGAUUCUUUUAUUGGAAAAUAGUUCCUUUUCCUAAGCAAAGCUGGAGAGGUCAGUUCACCAUUAUGCUGGUGGUACACUGUUCUGUCUUAUUUGCAAGGGAAAAAAGAUUGUACUCUGGGUCCAAGUUACCUUGAUUUUCAUUUGUCAUAUUUAGGGGAAACAAAAACUGUCAAGCAAGUGACAUAACAACUAACAAUGUUGCACUUUCUGUAUAUGAAAUCAAUAUUUAAAUAACUUAUUUUUCUCCAUUGCUGUUCUUAAACAAUGUAAGUAGCUGUAAGAUACCAGUACCAAUAUGUUCUUGCAAUUUGCUUCAGCCCAAGAAAGCGGUGUAUUGUUUUAAAAAAAGUGUAAAAAGUUAUUGUGCUGUUUCAUUUAGCAAAAACAAAAAAAACAAAAACAAAAAAAGUGGACAAAAGGGUUUUCCUGUGUAUCAAAACUUGUCUAUAAUUAUGUCAUUUCUGUUGAUAGAAAAAAAAGUAAAUAAAUUUCUUCAACUGAGUA